AGUUAUUGAAAGAUGAAAAUAUGGCGAGUAAUCCAACCGUGUUUUUGUUGAUGCUGAGCGGACAAAUCGAAAGUGGAGAUUUUCCUGAGUUCGAGGACCUCUACCUAAAGUAUAAUUUUGUUUUUGGACCAGAUUGGGUGAUAACAUCGGGUCUAGAGGAAGGUAUCUCACAGGUAUCCAAGAAGUCUAAAGAUGGACGACAACUGUUUGUCUGGAACUUUCCACUGGAAGUCACUUUCAAGAGCACCAACCCUCACGGAUGGCCUCAGAUUGUUGUCAGCGUUUAUGGUUUAGAUCACUAUGGCCUGGCCAUUGUUCGAGGAUACGGAGCUGUUCACAUACCAAUAUCGCCAGGAAGACACCAAAGAAUUCUGCCAAUGUUUGUUCCUGAGUCUUCGUCAAGAUUCCAAAAGCUCACAAGUUGGGUUCUGAGUAGAAGGCCUGAGUUUGUUGACGUCAAUGUAGUGGCAAGGGGUGAAGGCAGAGAAGUCACGAGGGUGCGAUCUCAAGGUCACGUCAAGGUCACCUUCAACAUCAUCACUCGCGACAUGAAAAAACUUGGCUACGACGUUGCGUCAUCAACGAUCAGUGUCCCUGGGGCAGACACUGCAGCUGCCUUAGCCGGGGCAUCAGCACCGGCACAGGGGGCAGCCGCUGCCGCCCAGCAGACCAUGGAAGGUGAAGGGGUCAGCGAAACAGUAACAUGAGAUACUAUCGGGGUCAAUCACAGCAUGAGACUGUUUUUUGCUCAACUUGAUUGUAAAUUUAAUUUGUUACUUCUAAAGCCCCAUUUACACCAAACUCCUCACUAUGUUCUAAAAAAUGUGUGCAAACCGAGUGGACGUAGUAACAACUUUCUACAGCAAGUUUACGUACUUCAUGCAUGGGCUUGAUCAUGAUGGUGCUCCAGAACUUUGAGCCUGCUCAAAAUUUACGGGCAAUUUACUUGGCAAUUUACUUAAAAUGAGAAGAAGCUACUCUGAACGGAAUUGCCAUACUUGGAUCCAACUAUGAACAUGCUUGAUGUGUGGGGUCGUGCAUUAUUUGGAUUUAUGUGUGCUCACAGACCGGGUUCGUUUGUAGCAUGUUCAUUUAACCUACUAAGGUUACAUUAAAUAGCCAAAGCUGUACAUUCCAGUCAGACCAAACCCAUUUGACAAUUUUCUUAGGACUGUUCAGGACGCUUCGAGAACUAGUUUGGUGUGACCCAGCCUUUUCCCUCAUGUACAGUGUAUUUGUGUGUUUUUAUAGCCAGAGAGGACCAACUCUGGGGUGUACAGUAGUGUAAGCCAUUUGCAUAAAAGUUUUAUUGUAAAUAGAAACAAAAUGCCUGGCGCAAUGACGGUCCUGGACCCAACUCCAUAGAGCUUACAGAGCUGCUGAAAAUCCAUUCUGUAUAUAGAGCAGGCCUGAUACUUAGUGGAGGCAACGGAGGCGAUUGCCUCCAUGCCCCCUGGUCAUUGCCUUGGUGCCCUUGCAGUGCUCCAGUAGAAAUUUACAAUUUCCCCAUAGGGUGCCCUUUCCAAGCAUACAGGCCUGAUAGAGGAUUUCACAGAUUAGCAAAGAAUUGACGUGUGCACACAACUUCAAGGUACUUUUAACAAUGGAACCAUGCUAUCCCACAACGUUUUCUUUUUGAUAAAGUGGUACCCCACAGAGAAUUGCUUUAGAAAAGGAAUAGUAGAACAGCAAUAGCAAGACCCCACAAACGAGAUCUGUAGGGGGGUAGGUGUGUACUUCAUGUAUCAAACAUUCUUUGCUUACAUAGCUAGUUUGGUGCUGACCCUGUAAGUAGAGAAGUGUUAUAAUAGAUGUUAAAUUUGCAUCGGGGAUAAGGAUAUUAGUUUUGGUUUUUUACCCAUACACCGAUGUGUG